CAACUCUAUUCACCCCCCCUCUAGAGUUGCACAUUUGUCUAACAAUUGGUAUCGGAGCAGGAAGUUCUUCGAAUACGUUAUUUUUCAGGAACUAAAAGAUCAAAUGGCAUCAAGGAUGUUCAACGCAGGAGUGACCGAGGGACAAUCAACCACGAGGCCACCUUUGUUCGAUGGAACAAACUACUCGUAUUGGAAGGAGAGGAUGAGAAUCUUUAUCCAAUCCAACGACUACAAGCUAUGGUUGAUUGUGAAGAACGGCUGCGGAGUCCCGAUGAAGAAAGUCGGUGAAGUCAACGUUCCCAAAACCGAAGAGGAGUUCACCGACGAAGAUUGCAAAAAGAUGGAGCUCAACGCAAAGGCAAUAAACAUGAUUUAUUGCGGUGUUAAUGCGGAUGACUACCGCAAAAUUUCGCGGUGUGAAACCGCAAAACAAAUGUGGGAGAAAUUGGAGGUCACCUACGAAGGAACCGCGCAGGUUCGGGAGGCCAAAAUCGACCAUCUUACUCACGAGUACGAACUCUUCUCAAUGAAGGAAAACGAGAAGAUUGAGGAAAUGUUUGAGAGGUUCUCUAACAUCAUUAAUCCUCUCAAUCUUCUCGGGAAGACCUACACCGACCGAGAGCUCGUGAGAAAGGUGCUGCGAAGCCUAUCCCCCAAAUGGCGUUCAAAGGUGGAUGCAAUCGAAGAAGGUCGUGACUUCCAAACAACGACCUAUGAUGCUCUUCGAGGCAAUCUUAUUACCUACGAAACCACCCAACUCUCAAAGGUGGUUGAAGAGAGGAACAAGAGGUCUAUUGCUCUACCCGCAACAACAUCAACCCACAACAACGUUGAUGAUGAAGUUGAUGACAGCGACGACACCGACCUCGGACUCUUUGUCCGAAAAUUCAAGAAGAUGAUGCUCAAGAAGGGAGCCAAGAAGAACACUCCACCCAAAUGCUAUGGGUGUGGUGAAAUUGGACACAUCAAACCAAUGUGUCCGAAGCUCAAGAACGAGAAGGACAAGAGGGCACCGAAGAAGCAACGUGCCUACAUCGCUUGGGAGAACGACGGCUCCGGGAGUGAAGACUCAGAAACGGAGGAAGUGGCCAACUUAUGCCUAAUGGCCAUUGAAGAUGGUGAUACAUCAAAAGAGUCGUACAUCAGAAAUAGCAGCCUUCAUCUUCUUGUUGGCCUUCUUGCCAUCAUAACCAUCGACAUCAAUUCCGAUUUGGGAGGGACUGCGGCGGCGCUUUCUGUUGUCGGAACGGGGCCGCUUGUUGGACUCGGCGGCAUCGCGGAAGGCGGCCCUGACGCCGUCGAGAUUCUCCGGCCAAGUUUCAAGCUUGCCGUGGGGGGAGAGGACGACGAGGCAGACAUUGAUGUCGCAGAGUAUCUGAGUAUGGACAAUUCUUUGCCUCGUUUUAGAAGAGUGGAUUUUCUCUUCUCGUACUGCAAUUUCUUGGUCCUCUCCUCCUUAAUUUGUUGCUGCUGCUUCUCAGCCGCCAUUGUUGGAGGAAUGAACAGGCCGCGGCCAAAUCUGGGAGUGCUCCCUGCCUCCCUCUCUAUUUUGUCCGAUGAUGAGUGUGUGAGCGUGGGGCGUAUCUAUAGCGAGUAAAAAAGGGCGUGUCGUUAAUUGAAAGCUUUUGUUUUGGUCGUUUUUAGGAAAUUUCUUUGACCAGCUCAAAUCAUUAGUCUCUCUCAAGUCUCACCUCAUAAUUAUUUACUCCCCCUCUCUCUCUCACACAAUAUUGUUACCCUUUUGAUUAAUUGAGGGUUGAUUGAUAUUUUCUUAAAAAAAUUAAUCUAAUUGAUUAUU